AUGGAUUCUUCGACGCCCCAGGGAAUGAGAGUUCUCGUCUGUCCGUCCGGUUUCAAGGGAAGCCUUCAGCCAGAGGUUGCCGCUGAUUGCAUCGAGGCUGGUAUUCUCUCUGUAAUGCCAGAUGCUUCUGUGCGCAAGGUUCCCCUGGUUGACGGAGGCGAGGGGUUCACUAGUGCCCUUGUGUCCGCGACUGGUGGCACAUUGCAUCCAGUCGUUCUCACCGGCCCCGUUGGCGCUCCGAUUGCGUCUUUCUUUGGCAUAUUGGGAAGCAAAAGCCCUGAUGAGCCAAAGACAGCUGUCAUCGAAAUGGCUGCUGCAGCCGGAUUAAGCCUUGUCCCAACCCAUCUUCGCAACCCCGGCGUUACUACCACCUUUGGAGUGGGCGAGCUUCUGACAGCUGCAGCCGGAGUUGGCGCGAAGAAGAUCAUUGUCGGCUGCGGCGACUCUGGCACUUGCGACGGGGGCGCGGGAAUGCUUCAGGCCCUUGGCGCUCGACUGAUAGAUCAAGAUGGGCUUACGCUCCCUAUCGCCGCAGGGGGCGAGAGCCUGCUGCGUUUGGCAAAUAUCGAUCUUGGCGGAAUCGACAAGCGCAUCAAAGAUGUCGACAUUGAGGUCGCGGUCAACUGGAACAAUGUUCUUAGUGGUCCUGAUGGUGUUGCUAGGGUUUUUGGCAAGCAGAAGGGGUCGAGUGCCGAGCAGACGGAACGCCUUUCAGCAGCUAUGGAGGUCCUCUCUGUAGUUGGUGGACGGCUUCUCUGCGACAGCAAUGUGGGCACCUCGCCCGGCGGAGGAGCAUCUGGAGGGUUGGGCACCGGUUUGCGGCUGGUGGGCGCCAAGCUUCGGCCAAGAUAUGGGGUGGUGGCGGAGUAUGUCGACUUUGAAGGGCUGUUUACGGACUGCGACCUGGUUCUCACGGCCGAAGGAGGCAUCGAUGACCAGACGCCGAGGGGGAAAAUUCCGGGUGAGAUUGGGACGCGGGCGAAGAAGCAUGGCCUGCCGGUGGUUGCUAUUGCUGGGACCAUCGGACCAGGGGCUCGGGUCAACUACGACGUCGGAAUCGAUGCUUACACGUGUAUCCUGCAACGACCAACCACGCUGGACGAGGCCAUUGUGGAGGCGGAGAAACUGACGCGGGAGAGUGCCGAGUGCGUUAUGCGAAUGAUUGUCGUGGGACGGAUGUUGGGGUCCAAGAAGCCCUCGUCAACGGCGCAGGCGAAGCAGCCUGCAGCGUCGGCAUGGGUUUGA